UCUAGCCAACGUUGAGCCUUAGAGCAGGCAUUCAACUACACACAGGGCGACAAACUUAAUGCAUUUCCAAGACCCCUACGAUUGACCGCAACAAACGGCCUAGCUACGUCUGUCAGCAUAAGCUGAAGUCGUCUCAAAAGGACAAGGUUCGUCAGUUCAUGACCUUUACUCAGUCUGGGGAGAGGACAGCUGUGUACUGCCUGACCCAGAAUGACUGGAAACUAGAGGUGGCCACAGACAACUACUUCCAGAACCCCGACCUCUACUAUAAAGAAUCCAUGAAAACCUCUGUGGACCGCAAGAAGCUAGAACAGCUCUACAACCGAUACAAAGACCCCCAGGAUGACAAUAAGAUCGGUAUCGAUGGGAUCCAGCAGUUCUGUGAUGACCUCACCCUGGACCCGGCCAGUAGGAGUGUUCUGGUGGUGGCCUGGAAGUUCCGUGCCGCCACACAGUGUGAGUUCAGCAGGAAGGAGUUCCUCGACGGCAUGGCCGAGCUGGGCUGUGACAGUCCAGAGAAGCUGAAGUCUCUGCUCCCCAGACUAGAACAGGAAGUCAAAGACACGGCCAAGUUUAAAGACUUCUAUCAGUUCACCUUCAACUUCGCCAAGAACCCUGGACAGAAGGGACUAGACCUGGAGAUGGCUGUAGCCUACUGGAACCUGGUUCUAACAGGUCGAUUCAAGUUCCUGGACCUCUGGAACAGGUUUCUAUUGGAGCAUCAUAAGCGGUCGAUCCCCAAAGACACGUGGAACCUGCUACUGGACUUUGGCAACAUGAUCGCAGACGACAUGUCCAACUACGACGAGGAAGGUGCUUGGCCUGUCCUCAUAGACGACUUUGUGGAAUUUGCCCGGCCAAUCGUGACAGGGGGCAAGCGUAAAACCAUAUAGGUCAUACCCAGUUCCCAGCAGGGGCUGAGGAUUUUAUACACACCAGCCAAAAAGAGACUUCUACAAGACUGUCCAAGUUUGUGAGACUGAGCUGCCAAUCAGGGGCCGGGGAGCGACAUGACAGCCAAUCGGAGAGAAGGAAAACAGGAAGAGGAAGUUAUCUUUUUCUUUGUUUUGGGACUGAGUCACUCCGGGAGGCGGGCUGUCAGCAGGGGGUGGGAUCGUCGCGGAGCUAUGAGCUCUGCUCCCAUUGGCUGGCUGGAUCAGACUGAUCGGCCAACGACUACAGUACCCAUACACCAGCCACCAUCAGAUCAGUGGGGGUGUCUAUAGAUUCUAGAACUGGUGCUCUGGUCCCACCCCCCCGCCCCCUCCUUACUAAAGAAGGACCAGGGAGAGCAAACAGAACGGCAGAGAGGGACGGUUUGCUCUCUGCAGGAGGGUGUGAUAUUUGAUCCAGUGGAGGCUGCUGAGGGGAGGACGGUUCAUAAUAAUGGCUGGAAUGGAGCGAAUGGAACGGCAUCAAACACCUGGAAACCAUGCGUUUGAUGUAUUUGAUACCGUUCCACUGAUUCAGAUCCAGUCAUUACCAUGAACCUGUCCUCCCCAAUUCGGGUGUCACCAACCUCCUGUGGUCUGCUCCCACAGUAGUAAGACGUGUCCUCUCUGCCGGCCCAUGGUGAAUGAACUAGGAGCUUGGAGGUUCUGCAUGUGUUUCUGGUUGAGCGUUAAGCGGCUGGACGGAACGACAACAACUUUUUUAUUAUUAUCAAUGAGUUUGUUCUCAUCGAAUCAGAGGUGAGGGGUGUGGUCGUCAUCCAAUGUUCUCAUCCAAUCCAACGUCAGUGUAAUGUUCUGCUUCCAUUUCAAUCUAACGUGUAAAAGUUG